GGGGGAAAGAGGGUGCCAUGAACUGUAUAUAAAUAUCACCUUCUUUUGGGUUUUAUCAUUCAGUCUUCUCUGGACUUCUCCUCCAACAUGGUCUCGAAACUGUUGCUUUGCUUGCUGUUGGGUGCUGUGAAUGCCGCCCCUCAGGGGUACGGCGCCCCCGCUAAUCCCUCUCCGUCCUACAACGCACCUGGUGGUGGGGGUGGUCCCUCGGGCCCCGUGGUUCCUAUUCUCGUCGACGUUCGCGAGGGACCUGAUGCUGCUGGGGUCUACAACUUCAACUUCGAAACUGGGGAUGGCAUCAGCCGUCAUGAACAAGGCGCCCCUCAGGGGCCCGAAGGAGCAGUGGCUGCCCAGGGAGGCUGGAGCUUCACCUUCCCCGACGGCACCCCGGGAGUCUUCAACUUCGUAGCUGAUGGCAGUGGGUACCGCGUCGAGUCUGACCUCCUGCCCACUCCCCACCCUCUCCCAGCCCACGCCAUCGCCCAGAUCGAAUUCGCUGCUCAGCAGGCCGCUGCUGAAGCUGCGGGAGGAGCCCGUCCACAGUACAGUGCUCCACCUCCAGCUCCUAGUCAGGGCUACAGCUUUUAAGCCUUUCAGCUUUUACGUUUCUCGAGUCUUUUAGACAGCAGGAUGACCCUCAAGGAAUCUGUUUCCUCCAGUGGAUAGUUUCCUUCAAGGAUGGAUGAUUAGGAGUCUCGUCUUCAUCCUGGAAUACGUUCUGGUUCUUGGAUGGUUUGGAUGUUCCAGGAAAAUCUUCGCUGGAGGAAAUCAGUUUCACCGAAAAACAACAACAACAAAACGAUAUUCCCUUUUGACCCUGAUGUUCUCUUCAUGUACCAUAUGCUUUUGUAUCAUUACUGUUGAUAUUUACGUUCAUUUUUGAAUAAAAGUUUAUACUAAAA